AUACUUGAAUUUUAAUUUUAGUAUGAAGCUAAAGGACAGCAGUUGAAAAACGAAAGUUUUUCGCAGGAUUGCUGUCAACGCGUUGCAAAUGUACUUAAACGCAAUGAGAAAUAUUUCAAUCGAAUGAUGACGUUUUAUGACAAGAUCCAUAUACUUUGGAGCCAAGCUUUUUCAACAUUUUCUCUUCACAUAAGUCCCGCUAAUGUCUCAAAACAUACUGUGACGGAGUGGCACAGGAAAGCUGUUGAUUGUGAUUCACUGGCCUUAAGUGAGACUCCCACGAUUACCUACAAUUGUAUAAAAAAAAUUUUGAACGAUAUCUUUUUAUACGAGAGAUAUGUGAAUAUAUUGUAUUUGAAUGGAAUGCAGAUUCUAUACGAGAAAAUAGAUAAAUUAAAAAUAAAGGUUCAUCAGGAGAACCAGAAGGAAUCCUUCAAAAAGUUCUAUACAGAAGAUAAUAUAGAUGCGAGAUUGGCGAGGUAUUGCCCGGAGACUUCUAGUACGAGUUCAUGGCUGAAACUGAUGCCCAUGGCGAACAAUUCACGGAAUACUUAAGGGAGAGAACCGACUACAUUCCAGAGGAAAGCGUGAAGCGAAACUUCUGCCGGAUUUUACAACUGUAUCAGGAACAAUCUUC